AUGUCCGUGGCGUCCUUUCACCGGGGUACCGCCUUUCAGGCACGAUCUUUGUUCCGCUCCCUUCUGCGACAAUCAUCCCAGUUCUCGAACUACAACUUCCGCGAAUAUGCCCUUCGCAAGACCAAGGACUCGUUCCGCGAACACCAAAAUGAACCAGAGGAGCGCCGGAUACAAGAACUCAUCCAGGAAGGGUUGCAAAGUCUGCGUUUGAUGAAGAGACAAACCAUCAUCAGCCAGUUCUAUCAGAUGGACAAGUUGGUAGUAGAGGGCCAGAAGACAGGCAAGGAAACAGGAGAUCAUGGGGGAAUCGUUCGCCAAAAGGACACAGGCUGGGAUUGA